UCUGACGUCAUCCCCGCGCGGAAGAAACUGCAGAGCCCGGGGGCGUAGUUGCUCUGUGCCCGGAAAUAAGAUGGCUGCUACCAGAAUAGGGAAAUUUUCCUAGAGGUGAACUAAGCCUUUGCCCAUUUGGGAUUGCUGCGAGCUCGGCAUGGGGCCCGUUAGCCGCCGCACUUUGAACUACAUUUAUUCGAUGGUGCUGCUGGCCAUCGUUUUCCUCUCCUGGGGAUUCGUGAUCUAUGCGUGCAUGGUGACGUCACAGUGGCUGCUGGUAAAAAACCAUCCAGAUGUAACAUUCCAUUUCUGGAUCUGAAGGAAUGUAACUGGCAUUCGACAUCCUUAUCGGGCACCUUGUUUUGGACGUUAUUUAGUUAAAUAAAAACUAUAAUGAAG